UUGCUCACCGUUCUCGCUAGAUCCUGCCGAGACGGUCUCCGUGAGCGAGCGUGCAGUACGGAGACAUCGGGGUGCUCACCGGGGCGUUCCGGGAAGCGGGCUAGUGCACAUGUACCGGGUCGUCUGAACGGAGGGCCGUUGUGCGUCGGCGGCAGGUGCGCGGGUGUCGUCGCGUCGAGUACGAGUUGAGGAGGUGCGUAAAGGAGGGGGAGCAGGGGAUAUCGCCCGGUGCCCGCCGCGCGCGCGUGCGCGGUACAUAUACGACCCACGCAAACCCAGCAGCCGCGCGGCGCGCGAUCGUCGACCGGCUGACGCGGAUUUGGUACUACUACGCGAACGGGUCUCGCGCUCCGCCCUGGCGUCGCGUCUGGCGCACUCGCCUCGCUUCUCCCGACUUUCCGGACUUCGGUGCUCCGCUUGGGUUCGACCACCAUAGCCAGCUUCAGCAACAACACUCGCCCAUCUCUCCGCUCGAGAUUCCCUGCGCCCAUGCGCGACCCCGGUCCACGGCCUCCCCGCCUGCACAUCUACCGCCCGCAAUUUCGCGUAUGGACGUCUGCCCAGCAGCAAUAACCGACCCCACCAUCCGCGAGAGGUGGCACGACCUCGGGGACGGCAGGCGCGGAGCAGGCGGUACCGCGGCGUCGCGUCCUUCCCGAGAGUACGUAUGAUGGAACAAGAAUAUUGGGGGCAUGUCCAGCUAGCCGGAGGAUGUCCAGCCUGCGGGAGGAGAUCCGGGACCAGCUCAGGGUCAUGUGGGGUGUCGUGCGAUGGCGUCGCCAGUGCGGGGGAUGUGUCGAGGUUGUUGUGAUUGUCUGCGUCCCGCUCACCGACUGACAAGGCCACCGUGCCCGCGCGAGUUCAUGCGCAUGUCCGCCGUUCGUCCGCCAUCUAGUGCAUGUACCACCCAACAGGGAUAUGCCGCACCGGGAAAUCACUACGCACAUAGCGUGAUCGACGUGACGCGACGCGACGGGAAGACGGAGCAAUACCGUACGAGACAGGCGUACCG